ACAGCUGCUGUGGCUUCGAGUCUGCAUGAUUUUGAUCCAAACAAGUACCCUUUCCCCAUAUUUGGUGCGAAAUGUCGUCAUCUCGUGGUCAGAGCUAGUCCUGCGUUUAAAUUAAAUAAAGCUCAUGGAGCAUACCGGGCUCCCCCUGGUGGUUGUUAUGCUACAGUGCAGCCAGAGCUUUCAGAAAUCUGGCUUGUCAAAAUAAAAAUUAAGCAUAAAACCCAAUUUGUUCUCCUUUUUAUAGAAGUAACAUUUAAACAUGAAAACGAUUUUGGCCAUUUUUCUUAAAGACGAGGCUUUUAGAAAUCUUUUUAAAAACGUUUUCAAGCACACACCACACAAUCUGCCAUCAUAGUCAUGUAUUUAAACCAGAAAAAAACUCAACCUAAAGACAUUUAAUUUUAAAAAUCACAUAUUAGCACAUACCAGUUCAAUCAGGAGUAAUUUAAUAAAUUAGAAAUAAAAAAGGUAACGUGAAACAUGUAAAAAUCAUAGACCUAUUUUUUUUCUUUCAAACAUGAUCAAUAUAUACAAGAGCCGUGCACAUUACAUGAGUGAUCUUAAAUUUAAAUAAAUAAAAUAUUGGGAUUAAAAGAUUACAAGAAAAUUUGGCUCAUUUGAAGUAAACUUAAAUAAAUCAAAGGUGCUUUAAAACUACAGUUCUAUAGAUUUAUGUUAACAAAUACAAUACUAGUUAUUACUUUGGAUUUAAAGACGGUUGUAGAGUGAUAUAAAACAGCAGUGAGGUGACUUUUAGCACCAAGAUGACUGGCAAACUCCAGAAGCUUCCAACAGUCUGAGGUAAAUAUAGCCUGAGCCUCAUAAACAAGUGUGUUGUUACAAAGUCUGAUAGCUUAGUGUCUGUCAGCUAUCAAUCAGGAAAUGUAUAAUAAAAUACUUUUAAACCAUUUUCCCUUUGCAUGUUGUCCAUAUAAAACACUUGUUUAUGCGAACAUGGAUUGUGAAAGGAGGUUAUAUUAAUAGUUGAGAAGUUAGAUUGUUAUUGACGUGUAAAUCGAAAAUGGUCAAUCCACUUUGAUUUGAUUGGUAGCUUAACUAAACCUGCCAAGCCAGACUAUAUUUGCGAAGCAAGAAUUUGGUCUAGUUCACUAAACUAAGCUUAACUUUUUUCGAGCUCUGAACUUGACCAAUGGGGCGACACAGCUCUGCCGAGCAAGGGUGAGAACAUGAUUCAGAUUAGUAAAACUGUCAUGCAUUGCUUUACGCGUUGUCACUCCUCUUUCUGGACCGUGAUGCACUGCUUCAGUUAUGCUCACAGGCCGUAAAUAAAAAGUAAACAAACCGCAGCGAGGACAGAGCGGGAGUUGCGUCAAUUUCCCUGUUCCCUAAAACCAAACCGGAAAUGGGAUUAUUUACGUUCAAAAUAAAGGAGUAACAACAUGCUUGUUUGUUUGUGUUUAGUCUUUACAAGGUUUUUAUAUUUUUACAGCUUAAUUUAUGUUAAUAAACAAACGAUAAUCAGUUUUUAAAAAGACGGCUCCAUAAACAGUGAACGGUUUUAAUUUCGCAUUGGGUUUUGUUUUGAAACAAUGUUUACCGGAAGCUGUUAAGAUUGCAUUCUAAUUGACGGAAACGUACAUUUCUAGUCCUAAAUCUAAAAUUAGGGAGGCACCCCCAACUGCAAGUGACGCAAGGAGCCUAAAGUGGACGCCGUCGUCGUCUCUGUGAGUGAAUGAUACCAGGACCUGGGGUCAUGGAGACCCUCGCUACAACUUGGCCGAUGUGGAUGACUCGGGGGGUAAUUUUAGCCAUUGUUGUCAUCUUUCGUGACGGCCCGCUGCAGUAGGCGUUCAAUAUAAAGCCCCCGCUUGUAAAAUGCAGCUGUACAACAGUGUGCUGACACACUACCCGAAGUCGUCUCGUAGAGUUACAAUCACUUUGUCACCCGGGAACGAGACGACGCAAAGUUCCUCCGAGCUCGGCGGAGCGGGACUUCCACAACUUCCAGCAGCCAACUGCGGCGAGACUGCGCCUUCUUCUUCCGCAAACAUGCCUGCGUUUUCGUCUUACGAAGGUUCGCCAUUGAGCCCGAUUUACUUCACAUCGACCGCGGAGAUAUUAAUCCGCAAACCCGGCGGAGUGGAGAGGAACAAACCGCCCUCGCAUAUCUGCAGUGACUCUGAUGUUUUUCAAGAGCUCGUGGAUCACGUGGCAAACGGGACAGAGGAGGUUUUUCCAGACUUGUCACUAGUUGGGAAUGUUUUCAAGAGCAGCGACUCGCUGGUUGAUGCAAUUAAAGCUGAGGGUUCAUGUGAGGAUAACGCCUCUACUGCCCCCUUUCAGAUCAGUGGAUGGGCCCCACCAUCAGAGCCCGCUCCACCCACUUCAGCCCACCUCAAAGACAUUGAAAACCAACAUUUUAGUGAUAAGAAAGAAGUUAUCGUUGCACCAGAUGAGAAACAGGCCUUCGAGCUCAGCGUUCUCCAGGAAUCGGCUCCACCAAGAGGCCAGGAGAAGGUGAAUGUAAACGCCAAGGUGUCUCGGCACCUGGCUGAGGUGGAGAAACAGAACAUGUACUUCCAGGAGAGGUGCAAAUACAGGUACCACAUCAUUCCAGAUGGCAACUGUCUGUACAGAGCUGUGUGCAAGGCCACGUCCGGGGACCAGGCGGGACACGGAGAGCUGAGGGAGCAGACCGUCCACCAUAUCGCAGACCAUCUGGACGAUUUCAUCCCAAUCAUCGAAGGGGAUGUGGGGGAGUUCCUGAUCAACGCGGCGCAGGAUGGCGCCUGGGCUGGUUAUCCAGAGCUUCUCGCCAUGAGCCAGAUGCUGAACAUCAACAUCCACCUGACAACAGGGGGGAGUCUGGAGAGCCCCACGGUCUCAACCAUGGUCCACUACCUGGGGGAAGAGGACGUGUCCAAACAGGCUAUCUGGCUGAGUUGGCUCAGCAACGGUCACUAUGACGUCAUUUUGGACAAGUGUCUCCCUAACCCGGAGUACGAGGACUGGUGUCGACAGUCGCAGUUGCAACGGAAACGAGAUGAGGAACUAGCCAAGUCCAUGGCAGCCUCAUUAUCCAAGAUGUACUUGGAACAAAAUGGAUCUGUGUGACUGAAGUCGACUGUUGUGUUUUGUUUUAUACAGAAUGAGAUUAUUUGUCCUGCUUAGUUUCUACCUGCUUUACAUUAUUUUUAUAAGAUUCCUACUGAGAAGGUGCAGUGCACAGGCUUUUGUAUGAACCAGGAUUCCCAGAUGAUUUGAAAAAGUGCACCCGUUUCUCCAGAUUUGUUUUGGUUACGUUGACAAGUUACAGUUUUUGUCUGCGUGCUUUUGGAGUGUACAGUAUUUAUUUGCCUUUGUUUUUUGGACUUGCUUUGUUGGCAGCUGCCAAAUAUUUUUACAGGAUAGUUUUCCUAUUUUAUCUUGUUUUAUCUGUUUUUUUCUCUCUUUGCACAAAAGGCUUGUUUGAAUUGCUCAGCGUGUUAAUGAUUCCAGUUCUCUUCGAGUUAUCCAUAAAAUGAUUCUUAAAAAUACAAUUUGGGGGAAAACUGAA